AUGGUUUCUUUAUUAUCUUGGACAUUACCUAUAACUGAGAAGAACCUGACCUGGCUCAGUGACUUUCAGCUACAGGGAUUCACCAACACUGAGGACUAUAAUAUUUGCCUGUUCUUUAUUUUUCUUCUUAUAUAUCUGCUCACACUGUCAGGUAACAUACUGAUCAUUGCAGUAGUACGCUCCCACAGGCACCUUCACACCCCUAUGUAUUUCUUCAUAACCAACCUGUCGCUACUGGAGAUCUGGUACAUCUCUACCACUGUACCGAAACUUCUGUCUAUCUUUGUGAGCAAUGACCAUAGGGUCUCAUUUCAGUGGUGUUUUGCUCAGCUUUACAUGUUCCAUGGGCUUGGCAUGACAGAGUGUGCUCUGUUAGCUGUGAUGUCCCUUGACCGAUAUAUGGCCAUAUGCAAUCCACUUAGAUAUACAACCAUUAUGAAUGAGAAGAUGUGCAAACAACUGGCCCUCUUAUGUUGGGCUUAUGGAUUUAUGGCUGCAACUAUACCCCUUAUGUUUACCAUAACAGUCCCUUUCUGUGGUCUCCGUCACAUAAAUCAUUACUUCUGUGAUCUAGCACCUCUUCUAAGCUUGGCCUGUGGAAGUACGUCCCUCAACACAACAGUCAAUGCCUGCGUCAUUGGCUUUGCAACUAUGUUUAAUUUUUUAUUAAUUCUGGUUAUGUACAUUAACAUUAUGAUUUCUAUCAUAAGGAUGAAGUCCAACACGAGUCGAGGCAGGGCUUUUUCCACCUGCUCAUCGCACAUCACUGUGGUGGUUUUAUUUUACACCACUGCUUUCACUGUCUAUGCCAACCCGAAAGGUGCACACUCUGUAGACUACGACAAGAUGUUUGCCCUUAUAUAUGCCAUGUUCACCCCGUUACUCAAUCCUGUCAUUUACAGUCUUAGGAAUAAAGAAGUGAAAACAGCACUGAAGAAAGUAAUUAAAAACUUGUGUGCAAACUGGAAUAAUUAUUAA